GUCUGACAGUAUAAGCCAGAGGGAGACCCAAGAUAAACCUUUCCAGCAGCACAUAUUAAUCGUUCUCAAUGGCAUCCACCACUGCGUGCGAAUCCAUCUCGCUCACCGAACCGGGAGAGCGACCAAUCCCGAUGGUGCCAGAAGAACCAAACAAUGAUUCUUCCGUUACCGAGGCUAAAGUCCCUUACCUGAAGCUCAUCGCAUCGGGCUUCUCCUUUUUCGUCGCUGGUGUCAACGACGGCAGUCUAGGCUCCUUGCUUCCCUACGUGCUCGAGACGUAUCGCGUUAGUACCGGUCUGGUAAUUGUUGUUUAUGUUACAACUCUCGUGGGCUGGUUGGUGGCCGCCCUAACCAAUAGCACCGCCUGUCAAUACCUUGGAUUAGGUUCUAUGCUCGCUCUGGGGGCUACGCUUCAGGUGCUAGCCCAUGUCCUGCGUGCCUGGCUUCCGCCGUUCCCAUUGUAUGCUAUAACCUUCUUCCUAGCUAGUCUAGGACAAGCAUUCAAUGAUACCCAUGCCAAUACAUAUGUCGCUGCGGUCAAGGCCGCCCACCGAUGGCUCGGCUUUAUCCAUGCCAUGUACAUGGCUGGGUGUCUCGUCGGGCCAUUGGUGGCUACCGCUGUGGCGGCUGCUAAUAGGCAAUCACAGUGGAAUUUAUUCUAUGUCUUUCCACUUGGUUUGGGGUUAGUCAACCUGAUCCUGGUAUUGAUAGCCUUCCGCGAUAGCAUGUCCGUCCAUCAUUCAUCAGAAGCCGUUCAAAGCGACGACCCGCGGGCUUCGGGUCAGAACAGUCGCGGUACCCGUGCCGUAAGGGAGAUCAAGGAUACACUUCGUGUACCAGCUGUCUGGUUGACAAGAUGGAUUGUCGAGUACCUUGUUCGCGUUCGGCAUGGUGAUGUGCACCAGAUGGGUUAUAUCCCGACGGGGUUCUAUGGCGGAGCUUUUCUUGGUCGACUAGUUUUAGCCGAACCGACUUAUCGUCUAGGAGAGCGUCGCAUGAUAUUCAUAUACGCUGCCCUGUGUGCUGGGUUAGAGCUGGUGUUCUGGCUUGUGCCCAAUAUAGGCGUUGAGGCCAUGGCCAUUUGCUUGUUGGGCUUCUUCUCGGGGCCCUUCUUCGCAACAGGAAUAUCGGUCGCAUCUAGAAUCUUUCCGGCUAACAUUCGUUCCUCCGGGAUUGCAUUCGUCUUUGUGCUGGGGCAGAUUGGAGGAUCGCUCUUCCCCGUAUUGACGGGCAUCAUCUCUUCCCACACCGGCGUCAAGGCCCUGCAGCCCAUGUUAUUGGCUCUACUGUGCGCUACGGGGAUCAGCUGGCUACUGGUGCCUACUAAGGCGCCGAGACUGCGUGAAGAUUGAUCUACUAACCAACAAGUAACUGUGGUUACUGGCUACAAUUGACAUCUAUCAGUUGCUUCUACGCUGUAUGUGAUCUUUGUGUUGUUUGGAUAUGACGCGACGGCAUUAAUGAUUGGGUAUUGGAUGAGAAAGGACAUGUCAAACAGACUAGUAUGUUGUUAAUAUCUCAAGAACGCACCCAGCUAAAGAGAGAAAGAGUAGGUAUCGGCAGAGCUGCUUGAAUGGGAAGGUUCGGCGAUCGCCUGUUUGUGAACUUCAAGCGAUAGAGUAUGAGUGGGGGACUAAGUUCCCCCUACGAACCAUUCGAAAGGGGCACUGUCUUAUAAUUGUAUCCAAUGGCACUUUGCAAAGCAUGCGUGCGUAC